AUGGCCACCCCCUCCACCCUCGCCCGCACCCUAACCCGCAGCGCCGCAACCGCCGCCGCCCCCGGCCUCCGGCGCAUCUCACUCCGGCACGCGGCCCUCCCGCUCGGCCUCGGCCUCUCCACCGGGCUGGUCGCCGUGCACCAGCAGCGGCCAAUGCGGUUCGACAGCGUCCCCGUAGCAGUAUCGUCCCCUUCACAGGGCCGGGCAUACUCGAGCGGGCGCGAUUCCAAGGGCCGCAAGGACCUGCUCGAUGCCGAGACGGUCAAACAGCUUUCGGGGGGCAGUCUUUCCGGGUUCGUCGCGGGGAUGUUGGUGAGCGUGUUCUCCAAGACGCUGGUGCUGCUGGCGGGGAUCGGGAUGGUGGUUAUCCAGGUCGCCGCGCGCAACGGGCUAGACCUCGUCUCGACGCUCAAGCUCAAGGAGCGGGCUAGCACGUCGCGCAUCCUGGCGUUGCUGAACCAGCACACGGCCUUCAAGCUCUCCUUCGCUAUCGCGUUCGCCCUCUCGGCCUUCAUGUCCUUCUAA